CAGAGACGUAUCUUAUUCAAAAUUUUAAACUACAAUUUAAUACGAUAAUACGAUGAUAACAAUAAUAUUGCUUUAUUUAUGUAGCGCUAUUUCCUGUAGCUCAAUAGCGCUUUACAAUGAUUACAAUCAAAAAUAAAAAAUCGAAAUUUUACAAUUGCAAUAUUGGAGCCGGGAGGAGAGAUAAAAAACCAUCAAUAACUGGAGGAGAAUUUAACUUUAAAAAAACUGUCGCAUACUUAACUAAUUAUAAGAUUGAUUAAAAAUAUGUGUCUUUAGAAGGAUCUUAAAAUUUGAUAGUGAGCUUCUCUGUUUAAUAUUGUUGGGAAGAGCGUUCCAUAAGCUAGGUGCCGCGAAAGAGAAACACCUAUGGCCAUAACUUACUAUCUUGACAGAUGGUACUUUCAGUAAAUUCUUGAGAGAUGAUCUCAAAUUCCAUAAGGCUCGAGCAGGUCAGUAACUAAGCUAGGUAUUAUCAACUAAGUUGAUAACGAUAAUUGGCCACCGUAAAGAGUUUAAAAGCUGACUUUUCGAGCGUUAGCCCCUCGCAGCCAGGAGUAUGGUGGGGAGCUUGGCCGUUAAGCGCUUUGUAAGUUAAUAGUAAUAUCUUUCGAUUGAUUUGACGGUUAACUGGAAGCCAGUGUAGCUGUUUUAGGACAGGCUCGAUGUGAUCAUCCUUCUUGGUAAGAGUAAUAACGUAGGGCGCAGCAUUCUGCACAUUUUGCAGGCGAUCUAUCAGAAAUUUGGGUAGUCCACACAAUAACGAAUUUGCAUUAUCUAGCUUAGAUGUAAUGAAUGCGUUACUAACUUUUCGGUGUCUGUUAGUGAUAAACAGUCUCUUCUCUUGCUGAUAUUUCUACGGCAGAAGAAGCAGGUCUCACAGGUACUGGUCACAUGUUUAUCUAGAAGUAUGUACUCAUCGACAAUGACUCCAAUAUCUCUCGCAGAAGGGGAUAGCUUGAUCUGUUUACUAGACACAUUGAGUGUACUCUAUUGAUGGGAGUGGACGGUGUCGUGCACUCAAGAUCAGUAGCUUUGUCUUUCUUCUGUUCACUUUUCAACACUUCGAAUCAAAAUCACGCACCGAGUUUACUUUGGCGCGUAUCAGCGAUGCUGAAAAUUAGCCCGAUAAAAAUGAUUCCAAAAACAUCAAUAACAAUCGCCUGUUUUUGUUUGAUGAACAGGAGGCUUCUGCUUUUGAUGGUCAACUCGCCAGCAUAGCGGUCACUUGGCUGAUAUACUUAGUCACCUCUUUUCUUUCAAGAGGUCAAUCCAAGAUUGAUAUUCAUUUGAAAGAAUUAAGUCAAUGACCUCUGUGAACAAACAGCAAAUGCAGCCCUAGUUCUUUUGCUUCAGGGAAUGUAUUGGUAACGGAAAUUCACACCCGUUGUCCAGAGCAAAUGUAACAAAGGUUUAGGUUCUUUUCGUGGAAGCCUAAGCUACUGUUUGCAGGGAUAGCCGUUCGAGAGAAGACUGGUCACAAAUGAAUUGACACUCCGUCAUGGCGAUAUGCAUUAUUGUGUAGCCCCACGUUGAACACUGAAGUGUCAUGGCGCUUUCCUUCAAGGUACCUAAACAUAACUUUUUGAGCUUGUGAUAUAUUCAAACUUGUGGAUUUGGUUCGUGAAAGAAAUAUUCUCAGCUCUAAUUCAGGUGUCUUCAGUUUUCAAAUAUCUUAGGCUCCGUCUAUCGACAAGGUAACGUGGUGUUCAGUGCUGAUGGCGAUUGUGUAGUGAGUCCAGUGGGUAACAGAGCAUCUGUUUUUGACCUUAAAAAGUAAGCUUUAGUAUAACUUUUUAAAAUCGUAAACAUACAAAUAUUUUGUUUCAUCAGUUUUGGCAGUGGUGUAUAAUUAUUCUAAUUACUUGCAGUGCCAAAACACUCUAGUUUUGUGAUUAAAAAAAAACAGUGAAUGGGGCUCUACUUAACAAAUAGAGAAGCCUUGACUGUGCUCUGUCCUGUUGUAAAGCACGCAGGAAGUGGCUAGAGAUGUAGUCGAGUGUUUCUCCCCACCUCUUGAGUAGGGAGAAGAUUGCAUGCACAUAAAGAUUGCUUGGAAUGACAGAGCCAUAAAACUUGGCUUCAGUGGCUGAUGUGGCUUUGUGUUCAAUGCAUUAGAAAGGAAACCAGAGCAAGCUCUUAGUUGUUCACUCAAAGAGUGGCCAAUGUAAUUUCUGAGGCUUGCUUCACUGCAAAGAAUGAAGGUGGUCAUGAUGAGCUAACUGCAAUGCACCUCAGCAUGAUUAAAGUCGCUGUGACACUGGCAUGAUUAGUCUGAGUUUUUAGGUUACUUCCCACCUUAAGAGGCCAAAAAAAUUGAUUUUUCAGUCAUUUGACUAACUGACUUCAAAGAUUCAACCCAAUGUUUCUAUUAAAAAUUUCUGAAAUCUUUAAAAGCACCCAAGGUAUUUAGAAAAACGUAGUUUCAAAUGAAAGUUAAUAAAUUAAGAAGGUGUUAUGAUCUUGGACAUAACAAAUUCCCUGAGGGAAUUUUCAUGGCAACCACUCAUGAUGGGGCUCAUUUUUUAUGGUAUUUUCAUAGUUUGUUUACAUUGCGCCCUUUACAAAAUUCACAUGAGGAAGCUCUUUGCUCAUGGGAAGAAUUCUGCUCAUGGAAAAAUCAAAAGCAGAAGAAAAAAAAAAGAAACGCCCAAAGAAGAAAGAAAGGGCAUUAUUCUGUCAAGAAAAGAAAGAAAUUCCUUUGUCAAAGUGACUUGUACUGGCAGAGCUCCAUGCUGGUGUCCAGAUUUUGAACAAAGAAGUCACCAUCAAACCAAAACUUGCCAUAUCUAAUGUUAAAAACGAGUAUCAAGUACCAGCCUUGAUAUGAAAACAUUAACAAUUGCCUCGAAUCAUAAUUAUGAAAGCUUUCAGUCGAUUUGUUGUCUUGCCCCUCGGCACAUUUUGUGGUUUUUCCAUUUUGCCUUUGCCUUUGGCAACUUUGCUCAUUAUUGUGUCAUCCUCCUCAAUGCCCCUCUGAGAAUUUGAGAUUAAAAAAUGUGCCUGCAAUGGGUUAAUUUUCCGGGAAAUCUUGAUCCAUCGUCAAUGAUGCCAGGAGGUCCCUAUUGGGUUAUGGUUUCAGGAGGUGAGAUAAUGUCCUGGUGUGGUGCAGGUUGUUUGUGAACCUUUAUGAGCUAAAAUCUUGCAUUUGAUUUUGUGAGGAAUACAACCACUUUGAGCAAAUAUUAUGGGGUAUAUAGAUUUGACUGAUUUUUGUCAAUUUUGUCAGAACAUUCCAGGAAUAAUGACAAAGGAAAAUAUGUUGUGAAAUUUUGAUAUUUAUUUUGAUAUUUGUCCUAGGGUGUCCAUUUAUGCACUAUGGCCCGCAUAUUUUUAGGUACUCCAACUUUAGAUGCUGAUAUCUAGACAACCAAUCAGAAUAUCAAAAAAGUCUGACACACUUUCAUUGAUUGAUGCCAUGUAAAUAAGACUGUGCAGCCAUUUUGCUUGUGCUACAGCAUCCAAUACCCGAUAAAUUCAAUAGAAGAACCUGCGGUCAUUUCAUGCCUUACCAGCUCCUGACACUUCUGUAAAAGAAAAUUCGCUUUAAUUAUAUUUUUAUCAUAAUCUGCAAUUAAUAAGCUUUCUCCUGAUGUAUAGAGCCAGUUUGGCUAUAUUUUUCAUCAUUCCUUUUUUGUUAUGUAUUGCGUUUUGAACACGUAGCUUUAAAUACUUUAGGAGUGUUUUAUUACCAUACAUAAGCUUGCUAUCUAAAUGAGUGAGAAAACCUUCGAAACUCAGACUGUCCAUUUCAUAUAUAAUAUCUAACUGAAAUAGCAAUUAACUUUUAAGUUGAAGAGGACUUCUAAACAGAGAACUGCACCUAGCCCAACUGUAGUAAACUGAGUUAAAAAGUGAUAAUAUGCAAAAGAAGCUGGCUUUACAAGAAGACUGCAAAACUGUGUGGUGUGAGAAAUGUAUAAAAAAAGAUGUAACUGACAAAGAAAAACAUAACAAACUUACCAAAAAACAUGAACAAGAAGCUAUAAAAAAUUAAUGUAUAAAAAAAGUAAAUGCAACACAAUGCAAAACAAAUAAUAAACGAGUGAUUUAGAUCUCAUACUUAGUAUUCGACAGCUGUGACUGGCAUAUUUCAAAGAUGUGUGCCCCUUUUCAAUGGUCAUUGGGACCCUUACCUCAGGCAUUUAUAUUCCUUCACUCCUGUUGAUGUUGUUUUUGAUGAUGUAGCCUUCAGUGAAUCACCUCUUUUUACCUGGCGUGGGUAAUAUUGGCUAUCAUAAUCAGUCCAUCUUGGUUACUGCAAAGCAAAUGGUUUCUGGUGUUGUGAGUGUGAUACAAAAUGGCUGAGGUCUGUGUCUUAGCUAGUCAGAUGUCUUUUACGCUGAUUGAUUUUGUCAGGCAUAUGUGCUCCAGUCUUGCAAAUGUUAACCUUGCAGCAUUCACAAGAAUCUUGUAGUGCUGAGUCAAUCUCUUUAUGUUGAUGUUGGCUUAGUCUCUGAAUAGUGAAAGCAUGUAUGCCUUAUUACUACAGGUAGGGGUCAUGUUGUUUGAAUAGCCCCUGGAAUAUUUAAAGCUGCAGUGGAUUUGAACUCAGUGGUGGGCCUAGGGGUGUCUGUGUCUUCAGUUAAUGUGAAAUGCCUUGGUAGUGAGAGGACAGUGGCUAUAGUUUCAAAGAUUGUGUGAUCUUGUUCCCUAUAAUUUGCUAGCUGCUGAUGGUAAAUAUCAUGUGUGUUGGGUAACUCAGCAUAAAAUAUUACAUAUGAAAGGAUACAAGAUAAUGGCUGAAUAGAUAGAUUAAUUACAUGCAAAAGUGUUGAUAAAAGUACACAAUCAGGCUUUAAGGUGCACGAGUCUUGUGGUUCUUUGGUAAAAACAGUAGAUUUUAGUAAGUUGUUUAUGUUGAGGUUUGGUCCCCUAAUUACAUAUGCAAGGUAAAAGAGGAGAUCUUUGUAAAACCUCUCCUAUCAAAAUCAACAGUGAUGUUGCCAUGCAACAGCAAACUGCUGAAGGAAAUGUCAUUGAAAUGUGCUAAUCACAAUUGCUAGAUAUAGCCAAUCUGAGUGGAGCAUGGUGCUUCAUAUGGUAAUAUAACCAGUAAACCCACCUCAAGAGGACAAGCAGUAAUGCAGUUAAAGCACUAUGAUCCAUUAAGGGUAUCUCAGUCACUGCAUCUCAAAGAAGUUUGGAGAAGUGGGAGAGACCUGACUCAAGCAUUUUUUAUAUAGUAUUUUCUUGAUUAAACAUCAGGGCCCCUGAUACUUUUAGUGGUUCCCAUGUGGCAUUUUAUUUAGGGGCAGCAUUUAUCCAUGUGUAGCUUUUACUCCAAAAUCAGACUGAUAUGCCUUUUCACCAUUAACUUCAAUAGCAACAGAUCAUGGACUCUUCCUUUUGAAAACCAGAAGAACAUAUCAAGAAUUAGUUUGUCUCCAGAUGGCAGGACAAUUAUUGCAGUUGAUGAAGGUUUGUACAUGUACAAUAUAUAGAGAGUAUACAGCUCUAAAUUAUGGCCUUUCCAAACAAGGUUUCCCCCCCCCCCCCUCUCUUCUCUGUUUUGAUUUAAAUGUAGUACUUUGUUGCUGUUAUGAACUAAGUCCUUAUCUCAAAACUAAGUUUCAUGGUGGUUGUAAAUAUAUCUUGACAUGUAUAGCUGCUGGUCAGUUAAAUGCUCUUUUGAAAGACUUUUUCCACAAGGCAAGGCUUUAAUUAUAACCCAUUUGAAACAUGACAUCUGCAAAAAUGACAAUGAGGGUUUCUAUAUUUAAUUACAGAUGGACGGUGUCUUCUAGCAAAUAUGAAAUCAAAGACUGUUCUUCAUCGUUGCAAUUUCAAAAAGCCUGUUUUUGAUCUGAAGUUCAGUCCAUGUGGAAGGUGAGUACUAGGCUUGCAGAGGGAGCUAAUGGGGUGUAUGUUUGACGGAAUUUUUAUUCUGUAAUACAAACUAUGUGUUGUAUAUAUUUUUGCACUAGUGUGGUUCUUACUAUGCCUGAAAACUGGCCAAAAUCCACCAACCCUAAGAAACAGGCAAGUGGUGUCUAAAGGUAUCAGAAAUUCUGCCUUCACUGGCUCAUUGGACCACCAUGUGUGUUCACAAUUAAAAUCAUUCAUGUAGAUGCCUAUGGUAGUGGUUGUCUUCUUAGAUACAACUUUCUUCAGUUGUAUCAUACUCUUGGUUGUCAUUUUGUAAAAUUUAAGGGAAAGUUACUCGAGGAAGCUGUUGAGGGUCUUGGUCUCUUCAAGUUUUUAUUUUUUCAUAUAAAAUUGUAUGACUCUCCCUGACUGUCACAGUUUGUUCAAUAAUGGGUUGACCAAUAACACCAAAGUAGUGCAUGAUCAUAUAAUUAAAUAAAAACAUGAAUGAAGCCUUUAAGACUCAAGUAGCUCCUGUUUGUGAACCAUCACACUUUGCGGGGUUGGAUAUGGAGCUGUCCAUGAAUUUUGUGUGGUAAAGUGAAGUGGUACCUGGACUACACUUGAAUAAUUCAAGAUGGAUGUGUACAGUUAUUGGUGGUUUAAGUGAUUAUUAGCUCUUACAGAAUCUGAUUGAUAUGUCACCCUUCAAUCAAUCAUUGCAAAAAGACUAAAAAGGAAAUCUAGUCUUUACAAAUUGGUGGUGGAUCUUUUUUUUCUAGGUUUAUUGCAGUAACACAUGGGAAGCAUAUUAAAGUGUGGCAUGCUCCAGACCAAAGUAAAGAGUUUGCACCCUUCUCUAUCCAUCAAACCUACACAGGGCUUUAUGAUGAUGCUGUUUGUAUUGACUGGGCAUCAGACUCAAGGUACUGUCACUAGUUUCAGGUCUAUUUGCAAAUAAUAGUUCUUUUGAUGAGUGUAUUUAUUUAUAAUUUAAAGACAUUCAGGUAUUACAAUUCUAUCCAGUCACCAGUUACUGACCUCAGUAACAGUGCUAACUUUCCUAAGUUAUGAAAGAAAAGCAGUUACUUUUGUUCCAAAGAAAUGUUACACUUUGAUAACUGGAAGUGAAUUUUGAACAGUGGUGACAGCCAAAAGUCAAAAGUAGUUCAGUACCUAUAUUACUGUACAUGUGUCAAUCACAUGGGAGUGUAGUUUUUGGAAUUGAUCGAUACAAAUCAUGGGGUAGACAUUUUCAAUUUUCCCUUUUUUUUUCUUAUUUUCCUUUUUAUUUAUUUGUUUUUUGUUUAUUCACUUGUAGACUUCAGGGGUGAAUGUCACAAACAUUACUGUUAGACAUCACACUGCAUUUCAUUUGUCAGACUUUAUGUUUCAUAGCCCCGAACAUCUACAUAUUUAGAGCCAGUCAAAAUCUCCUGAUGGCACUUACUUUUUGGGGUUCCAAGUAAGAAUUUCAGCUAAAAUGCAUUAGAAAAGUACUUCUAAAAUGACUUAGACAGUAGAAAAAGAAGAAGUUGUUUGUAAUUCUUUGUCUAUGUUAAUUAUUGAAUUAAUUAUUGUUUUAUGAAGUGUUCAGUUAAUUUUUACCAUUCUAGGUUCAGGUUCCUGAAGAGUAAAUUAUUAGCUAAAAGCUGUAAAGUUUUUAAUUAAUUUGCCACAAACAGCUCUUUAAUCAGAUCAAAAACAGGCUUUUUGAAAUUGCAACGAUGAAGAACAUUCUUUGAUUUCAAAUUUGCUAGAAGACACCUUCCAUCUAUAAUUAAAUAUAGAAACCCUCAUUGUCACUUUUGCAGAUGUCAUGUUUCAAAUGGGUUAUAAUUAGAGCCUUGCCUUGUUAGCCCUUCGUCAGAGUUGAGAAGCGAUUGUAUCAAUUAAGUUUUCAUUUUGUUGAUAGGUUUUUUGUGGUUGGCAGUAGAGACAUGACAGGUCGCAUCUUUUCAUUAUUCCCUGUGAAGAAUUUUGUUCCAGUGACCCUGUCAGGACACAGAAAUACUGUAAUAGGCUGUUAUUUUGAGGACAAAUCAUUAAAUGUAUCCUUUCUACCUACUCCACUACAGAAUUUAUGUUUGGAAAAAUACACAGUAAUAUACUCUAAAAAGUGCAUUAGAUGAAUGAAUUUAAGGUGUUUGGCAAUAUCCAGUGCCAACCUUUGUGUAGCAUGGCCCUGACUUAAUCUAAAGGAAACAGACAGUUGAAAAUGUAAUUUUUUCUUGGGUGUAUUUCGCAAUUUGAUAGGUGUGCAAAAACUGAUGGAGUACCCUUAGAGUUCUUGGCAAUAAGUGAUUCACAAAAGAUGAAAUAUGCUUUUAAUGAUUAUCUUUAUUUUUAUCAAAAUUAAAAUACUUUUUAAAAAAAAUUUGGAUGAAUAGUGUCAUAGGUUUAGCUUUCUCGUAGCAUGUUUCACCCACUGGUACCCCCUGUAAAUGAAAAGGCUCAAGGGGAAUCAGUGGAGGCAAGGAGAAGAAUGAAACAAGUUUUGUUGAGAGAGAGGGUGGAGCUUUGUUUGACAUGAAUGGAUUAUCAAGUGUUUAUUUGCCCCUUGAGAUGCUUUCCUGGUGAUGCUGAGAGCAAAACCAGAGAAAAACCAGUGGUUUCAAGUAUAAAAGAAAUGUUUUGUCUAACCAUUUCUCAUGCUCAAGCCCUUGUGGUCUUUUUUCUUAAGUUUCCUUAUAAUUUGUGAAAUUCAUCAGAUGAAACAACAGUGAGGUAGAAUAAACUAGAGAAAUCCUUUAUGGAAAUAUUCCUGACAACAUUUUUUAAAGAUAACUUGUCAAAAUCAAGAAACUUGCUUACUUUUGGUUCUGAAUACUCUCCAUGGCUCUCCAUGUCUCUCCAUGUGCCUGUGAGUGGUUAAAGUAUAUUAGGGAAUAUGAUAUUUAAAGGUUGGUACUUGACAUGAUUAAACAAGACAUACACAGUGAGUCGUGAUGGGGCCCUAUUAUGUUGGAAGUGCCAGGGAAGCCUCAAGGAUUCACAAGUUUCUUCCAGUGAAACAGAUUCCAAACAAGGUAACAACUAGUCUAUCCCUAUUUCUAGUUGUUAUUAAGCAGUAUGGUAAUCCUGACACCUUUAAAAGGAAACUUGAGAAACUUUCAGUAAAUGUUUCAUUGGGGAAGUCAACCUUAAAAAAGCGCUUGGCUUGAUUUUGAACCAUGUUGGGGUCCUGUGGGAAUUUGUUGCACUGAUUGGUAAAUUUGAAACAGCCUGCGUGCUUCAAAUUCCUACAGAAAGCUAUGUUCAUGAUUUCAGCAUCAAUUUUAUUGGAAAAUGUUGAAGGGAUGGAGCUCAAAUUCAGGGAAGAGAUAGACCAACAUCUCAUUGAUCAACAGUCAUUGCCACAUAGUAGAGAAUUUCAGUAGUUUGGCAUUGAUUCCAGUUUGAAGUGGAGGAGGUCCUUGCUGAUGGUCAUCCUCGAGGAUGGUCCUUGCUGAUGGUCUCCCAUGUCUCUCUUAAUGGCCUCUGGCCAGAAGUAAUUUUGUAAGAACUUCAAAUGGCUCAUGAAGGCUUAAAAAUAUAACACAUGAGUUGAUUAACAUUUGUUUUAACUUUAUUAAGGUAUUCAGACCGAGAUGUAAUUUAGAUAUGCAAUCCUCAGGGCUUUAUUUAUAGCCCUCAGACAUUUUGUUUGUCUCAACAAUUUUUAACUACAAACAUAUAGUAUGGUCUGCCUGUGGGGACAUUGAAAAUCCAUGUACUUCUCAUAAAGAGUAGGGAACUAAGCUCCUGGUGUUGUGGUCUGGCCCUGUUUCCCACAAUUCCUAAAUUGGGGGCACCUUCAAAAUUCCCUUUUAAAAAAAAGAUGUAAACUGCUCAAUGAAUUUUGGCUUCAGUCCCUUGAAAAGUACUGUAAAGCGCAUUAGAACAUGUUCAUAUAGAGAAUGCACUAUACAAACUCAUUAUUUUCAGAGAUAACAAUUAAUCUGUUUAAUUUUGAAUUUUUAUCUCGAUCCAAAAUUAAUCACAUACACAUGAGUGUGGUGAUAUUUUCACACUUGAAGGUCAUAAUUACUUUUCAUCAUAAUGUUUGUUUAUCUCAUCAGUGUUUUCUUAUCCUAUGCAAUUCAAAUGUUAAGCUAUUAUAGGGUGCUCUAGUUAGGUGACUAGACUCAUAUUUUUUGAUCAACCAUCAUAUCAUCAAUCUAAUUAGUGUUUAUGAUUAUAUAACUUAGCAGAUGAUACAUAGUUUUCCCUCUGUUUUUGCAGUUGAUGAAAUUUCUCUUCACUGGAAGAAGAAGGCUAAGUAAGUAAGAACCCACAUUAAAUAACUAUUUCCUCUUUUUUAAGUACAAUGCAAAUUUGGAGAUCAACUGUGUGUCUUUACCCUCACAUAUUUAGGAUCUGUGGUUAGUGGGUUUGUUUGUUAACUUUGUGGGUUCAUUUGGUCUCUAAGAAACCUUCAGCCACAUGGUCUUAAAGAAGGGUGCUAAAUUACAUGUAUUUAUUUUUGCUAAGCAUAGCUGGCCCCUAUCAUGAAAGUGAUUAUUUAAAGGCAGAAUUAUACUCCUAAUUUUGUGUAAAUGCCUAAUGGGAAAAUCAAAUGCCUCAGCCAACCUUAAAAGAUUGAAAGUAAGCUCAGUGUUCUCUAGGUGAAAAGCAAUUUACUGUCAUGUAAGUGAAUACCAAUUUUCUAAUCUUGGGCAUACAGAGUCAUCAGAUCCUCCAAAGAGGUCAAAAAUCAGUUUUUUUUUUUUUCAGGUGUUGUGUUCUCAGUUUUUUUUUUGGUUACACUUGAAUAGUCUCUGAGAGGCUUGAUGGGUAACACGCGAGACAAAUUGCUAUAGUCUAACAUAUUGUGGUACAAUGUGUGACCAUUGCCCAUUGUACUGUAAGGGAGUUAACCUCCUGUUUCCCUCUCUCAAAUUACUUUUUAGUUUUCUCUGGACUUCCUUUUUCUUCAGAGUGAGUUUUGUGUAGAGUUCAACAUUGUAUAAAGGGGAGGAGCUGUUUCUAAAUUAAAUGAGAACUUUUUUAAUCAAAUGAAAGGACUUUGUCAACAACCUUAUUACUAUCAAAGUUCCAGAUACCUUUGUUAUUUAUUUCUUGAAACCACACCAUUAGAAGGGGUUUAGUUUCUGUGUAGGGAAGAAGUGUUUUAGCAAUCAUACUCUGCUAUUUUGCCUCAUACAUGCCUUUGAAAACCUCUGUUUUCUACUUUUAGAUCAUAUUGAGCAAUUUCUUUGCUCCUAGGGAAUUAGAAUACAAUACAUGUUAUGUUUAUAGAUAGGUGGGCCUUCCUUAGUAGGGAUAAAAUGAUAAGCUUAAUAUGUAAAAUGUACUUCAUUGCAUUAUUUUAUUGAUUAUAGGCACUACUACAAUCAAGGCAGCUCUGCUGAACUGACAACAACUGCAUUUCACAAGGCCUCCCAGCUCCUAAUAACUGGAUUUCACACUGGCCUGUUCACACUGCAUGAAUUACCAGACUUCAUUCUUAUCCACACCCUAAGGUAUCAUGUUUCAUAUAUUUAGCUAAUGAAAUUUGUAUGCAGCCAAUGAAUUUAUUGAAAGUCUGGUUCAGUUGUGUUUUAUUUUCAUAACACAUUUGAAUUAUGAAUUAGGCAUUAAAUAGUGUUUUGUGCAAGUCUGUCUGGAAAUUUUCAUUGUGAGGUGUUAAGGCUUUAGUAGUUCUGCCACCAGUGUAAGCGUCUUUUACCAUCUCUAGAUUAACACAGUCAUCUUUCCAAGAAAAGAUGACUUUUUCAAGGUGGAAAACUUUCCUUAAUCAUGAAAGUGAGGAUUUUCUCUGUUUAAUGUCACCAACUUAUUUUCACAGCAUUUCACAACAGGCUAUUGAAACAGUGGCUGUCAAUAGUAGUGGUGAAUGGCUUGCCUUUGGAUGUAGUAACAUGGGUCAGUUGUUGGUUUGGGAAUGGCAAAGUGAAACAUACAUACUAAAACAGCAAGGUCACUACCAUAAUAUGAACACCAUGUGUUACUCUCAAGAUGGACACUUUGUUGCAACUGGAGGUGAUGAUGGCAAGGUUGGUCCUUUCCUUUUUCAAUCAUUUUAAAUUUAUGUAGUACAAGCUGAGAAUUUAGAUUGGUUAUCUGUGCUUCUGCCUGGAAGUAUAGGGCAUCAACCUGAGGGUUCCAUUCAUAGGCAGUUAUAUACAGUUGAUGAUUUUCUCAGGCUUCUGGAGUGUACAUGUAUGCCCUUCCAUUUCCAUUUUCUUCACUUAAUGCUUUUGUCUAUAUAGCUUUGUUGUGUCCUUUCCCAUAGGUCUUCAUUUGGAAUGACCUCUGGCCAUUGAAUUUUCAGAAUCUUUCAUAAACACUUAUCAGAUACUUAUCUGAAAUUUCUUGGUCAGUAGUUUUGCCUGUCUCCACUUGUCCAAGCAUUGUAAAGGACAGGUCUUUAUUGAAAAUACUGAGCUUUGUUCAAAAUCUGAUGACUUGCACAAGCAAUGUGAAUUGCAGUUGUGCUCUCCUUCUUUUGAUGGAUGUGUCCUUGUCAGUUCCAUCAGUUUCUCAGAUGACAGCCCCAAAUAUGUGAACUUGGACCGUCUGUCAACAGCUUUCCCAUGAUGUUCCAAAGAUUCCUGUUGUCUUGCACCCAGUUCCAUCUCCAUUUUAUUCCGGGUGUUGAUUUUGAGCCCCACCUGUUCUCCAGUCUUCUGUAAUCUUUCUUUUUUCACUUUAGAGCAUUCUGCUGGUGUGUUAGCAAGGAUAAUUGGUAGAAUCCUAGACUUCCAGGGGUUGGGUCAAUGUCCACUGGAGUUCCUUUAUUUUGAAUUCAUAACACCUCUUUACUGUCCAGUGGUUUGAUUGAGUACUUGUGGACCUGGUAUCAUGAAAUGCUAAGAAAAUCAAAUCACAUGAAAUUUGUCACUGUUUCUUUUGCUAUCAGGCUAGGCUGUCUGUAAGUUUGUUCUUACUACUCUUAACUGGCUCUCAGCUAGAGGCAUAUUCAGACCCUCGCUUUAUGUCAGAUCAUGUCUCCGGCCUGUAAACAGUGGUAGUGUUUCCAUAGGUUUUUAAUCAUUUGUUUGUUUCCAAUUUUAGGUUAAAUUGUGGAACAUGAUGUCAGGUUUCUGUUUUGUAACAUUUAACGAACACAGCUGUGCUGUUACAGGUGUUGUAUUUACACCUAGUAGUCAAGUACUGUUUAGUUGCUCCUUGGAUGGCACUGUCAGAGCAUUUGAUCUCAAUAGGUACACUUUAAAUCACUCUUUAUGAUAAUUUUUUUGGACACAAUUUGUUAAAAGUUAAAUGCAAGGGAAAUACAUGUUUAAGAUGUGUAUACAUUUACAUUGUAAAAUAUGAUUGUAUAAUUCAUCAGUAAUUGUACACCAGAGAUGUCAGUUUCACAGGGUUGUAAGCUGGAAAAGCAACUUCCCUCUCAACCAGGCCUGAUAAUGCCAGGUUCCCUCCACAUUCAUGAUUUGAUUUUGACCCCUCCUCCUCUUCAAUCUUUAGAGGUACAUACAAGAGUUUAUUUUACCUUUUUUGUCCUGUCUCAUUGAUGACAUGGUUACCUACUCAGCCAUCAAUAGUUCCUUUGUUAUUGGUACUGUCACUUUCAAACAAAAUCAAAUGCUUCUAAUAUAAUCACAGUGACUUUUUCUUUCACAAAAGCUAACUAUACAUCCCCCUUUAUUUAUGAAGAGGCUACAACAAUUUGGUGUUGAAUCAAACAAAUGUAUAAUAUACAAUUGAUCUUAGGAAAACAACCAAGUUAUGUAAUCUAGUAAAUUAUGAAGGGUUGACCACACAUACACAUUCAUUGCCAAAUUGUUAACUCUUUUCCUUCUUCCUCUGGCGUUGUUUCUCUUAACUCUCCACUGGUGUUUGAAAACAUUUAGAUUUUAAUGCAAUUCUGUCUACCGUCCAGACUUAAACACCUACAAAUGCAGAUGGAAGGAAAUGAACAUUGCCUUUUUUUUCAUUGUCAAAAUUAAGCCUCAUUUUCAUUUGUCUACACAAGAAAUGGAACCAACAUUGAUAUUUUCCAGAACAGUAAAUUAUUUUGAAAGGAACUAUUUUCAUGGGCCUUUUCAGGCAUUUCAUUGUGGAUGAUAAGCAAUGUAAAUAAAUAAAAAAGGGAGUAUUUUCAAACAAAAAUGCACAAGUGUGGAUGUGGCUCAACACCUAAUUUGAUGAAUGUGUUGGAAAAUUAUGACAAGAUUUUUUCUAAGAGAGGAAACAUUCAUUUUUCCUUCCAGAUACCGAAACUUCCGUACAUUUACUUCACCCCAAGCAGUUCAAUUUUCAUGUGUGACUGUUGACAGUAGUGGGGAAGUUGUCUGUGCUGGAUCUCUUGACACAUUUGAGAUUUUUGUUUGGAGUGUUAAGACUGCACGUCUUACUGAGGUAUGUUACUGGCUAAUCAAUGUACAAAUGAUAUAAGUUAAGAGGUCUGAUGUCAUUAAAAAUGAGCAUACUAUUAGAUAUUAUGAUUUUGAGUCCUAUUUUAAAAGACAUGAUGUGUUUGUUGUUUUCCACACUCUGAAUAGGAAUAACAUGCACUCUGAAUUGAUCGAACUUAUUUUCACAAGGCUGGAGGUUUGAAACUUAACAUGGUAUUUGACAUGAGGACACAUCUCUAAAUUGAAGUGGUAGAAAAGUGAAAUGUUGCAAGUGUUUUAGUUCUUUGUGUUUCCUCUUAAAUGUAGUCAUGUUUAACAAUGUAAAUUGGUUAUACCUUGAAAGGUGCUUUCUGGACAUGAGGGACCUAUUUCUGGACUAGUAUUCAGCCCAUUGCAACCACUACUUAUAUCAGGAUCCUGGGACAAAACCGUUAGGCUCUGGAAUAUGUUUGAUAGUAAACUUUCAUGGGAAACCCUUAGUGUGGAAUCUGAUGGUUAGUAAUAAAUUAGUAAGUACUAAAAAACUAUGAUUUUCACAGAUUUACGUGUGUGUUAGUUGUUGGGCAAUUUAGAGUCACUGUGACAAGUAUUCAAACCAUAUUUACCUGACAUGAUUAGAAAACUCCACCUUAGGUUACUUGAACAAAUCAGGGCAAAAAAAUUAAUGUAAUUAUCCAAAGAAGAAGUUCUAUGUGAAUCAUCUUCUAGAAAAACUGUGGAAAAGAAGAGUUUUCCAAUCAACUAUACAUCAUGCAAAAGAAUGCUUCAAUUUUUACAGAGGAAAGAGUUUUUUUUUCACUUCUAGUCAGUGUUGGGCUUAUAAUUAGGAGCUGUCUAUUUGGUCUUGUAAACAGUUUCAUCAGUGUGUGUGAGUCCUGAUGGCACUCAGGUGGCUGUUGCAUCGUUGGAUUGCCGCAUCACAUUUUUUGACAUAAGAGCGGGAGUUGAAGUAGGAACAGUAGAAGGGCGUAGGGACCUUGCCCUCGGAAGAAAACCUUCAGAUAAGAUUACAGCAAAAUCAAUGGCCUCUUCAAAGUAAUAAGCACUGAACAGUUUGUAUUAUUUUUUAUUCAAGACUGUGUGUAUUUCUUCUUGUAAUGAUUCUGCAAAAGGUUGAAAUAUCAGUGAAGCAGGUUUUCAGUGCCUGAAGUCUCUUUGAAUAUCAGUGUUAAUCAAGGGUUAAACCAGGGAGAAUGAAUAUUGCCAGAAUAGAAGACGUUAAAGAAAAAAACAAUAGCAAUUGCAAAAUGUGAUUGAAUCUUUGGGAUCUGCUUCAACUCAGUUGAUAAAUUAUUAUAAGUAAUUUUGAGUGCAAUUAGUUGUUAAUAGGCAUAAGUAAGUUUUUCAAAGACAACAAAAUUGCAUGAGCCCGGAGGGUGAGUGAAAUUUUUAGUCUUUGAAAAAUUUACAAGUGCUUAUUGCACCAAAUUGCAAGAUAAAUCAUGUUAUUACUUGCUAAUAAUGUACAAGAAAAACACAUUACAGCAAGGCAAGACAGACAAAAUUUUGAAAGCAUGUGCAUGCUAUUUAUAAUUUGCACGUGUUACAACUUUGCACUUGUGUUACAUGAGAAUGCACUUGUUUUCAGCCAAUAAGAAGCAUAUAAUUUUUUCAUUUACAUUAUUAUAGAUAAAACCACUCCAGUAUGUAAUAUUAGCAUAAAAAAUUGGUGCCAAAAUUUUUGUUUUGUGGGAAGUUUGUCUGUAAAAAGAAAUCAAAUAGCUGCCUGAAAAGAAAAUGGUGGGGAAUUCACAACACCAAGCAGUGUUCUUAAAAAUAUUAACUUCAGUGUUAAAACAAGAAAACUAUGACUUGGAUUGAUUAGAAACUUCAUGUUGAUGUGCUUGCAUACACAGCUUAAGCAUAGAAUGCAUAGAAUAAUGUAGUCAGUAGAAUAGUUAUGCUGAAGAAUAUAGAGGCAUUAACAUCUGGGAGAUGUAAGUUUUAAACCACACAGUAUGAUGAAGUCAUUUGUGAAGUUGAGCAGUAUUUUAAUCAGUAAUUUCAUGGCCAUUCACACUAGAUACUUUACCAGUUUAAGCUACAGUGCUGAUGGAAAAUGUGUCCUAGCGGGUGGCAGAUCUAAGCGUGUCUGUCUAUAUCAUGUCAGUCAAAAGGUUAGUACAUGACUUGUAUAGCUUUUCCUUGAUGAUCAUUGCUUUAAUUUGCUUUUCACAUAUUUUGACAUCUUUGAAAAUAAUUUUUCAUAUUUUGGUUUGCUAUUUACAUAGCUGUUUUAAAUGAAUUGUUAAUAGUUUGGUCAAUUAGAGAUUAUUCUUCAGCUCAGGCUCACUGACACAUUUCUAUUUUUUAGAGUUAGAGAAAAAAUCUCAUUGAGCAUCGCUUUCAAAAACUAUGCAAAUUAAGACAGAUUCUUUUUGAACAAAUUUAUCAGAGCUGUAUUAAUGAUAAUUAUGCCAUAAAGAGACUUCUAGUAAAGUAGUUUCCAUUCUAGCAAACCUUUUUCAAAAAAUUAAUGAAUAGCUACAUAUAUGUUGAGAGUGAAGAAAUUUUGGUCAUUUGUAAACAGGAUUGUGACACUUGAUCAACUUUACUAGAAUAUGGGGAUGGUUUUGGGUCAUCAUACAUGACUUCACCUUUUUAUUCAGUUUGAAGGAUUAAACACUUUAAGGGUGAAACAUUUACAAUUCCAUACUUUACUUUGUAACAGAUGUUGAUAAAACAAUUUGACAUAUCUGGGAACCUCUCUUUGGAUGGCAUGAAGGUAAAAACUAAACCAUGUUAGAUUAAGAGCCAUGUUAUUCUCUAGCUAUGCAGAGGUUUUUAUUAGGUUUUAGAGCUGGGCCGGGUAUCUGUAUUUGGCACUCAGGCACAGCUUACCCAUGGCUUGAACAGCCUUGCCCCUGCUAAGUGGUGUGCAGGUGUGAUUCUCUUUAACUGCUCCACCCCCCUACAUGUUGAAGUUGAGUCUAACAUUCUUCAUUUUUCAAGGAUUUCUCGUUUCUCUAGAUGAUUGAAUCAUGAUUUUGGGCAUCAACCAAAAGAUAAAUUCGUUUUCUAAUGAAUAUUCAUAUAUUUUUUUACGAAAUCUUUUUAGUUCAUGUAUAUUUUAUUUUUGAGAGAAUGCAUGGGAAAAACAUGGGAUAGUUCCUUAAUAGUUUAUGUGGUUGCCAACUUUUAAGAAGCCAGUAGUCAUUGUGCUAUAGGGCUUGUGUAUAAGUAUUUUAACUUGUGAGUCUGUGACUUUUCAGAAUCUUUCAUAUUCCUGCUCAGUGCUUUUAGCUAAGGUGAAUGAAAAUGGAGAUUGCUUAAAACAAUAGGGUAAAAGACAGCGUGGAAAAAGUGUUUUCCCUCCCUAAUACCUCUUACUCAGACCUCUGAUCAGUUGAGCUGGUCUUGAGGUGACCAAUUCUUUUAAUGCUCUUUUAAAGACAGAGCCUAAAAUUGGCAUCCAAAAUCAUUUAGAAAUAUGCACAAGGCUAGAAACAAGUGGUGUAAAGCUUACUUCCAGUAAGCAAGCAAGUACAUUUUUGGGGUAUUAUGAAAUCAAUUUUGGCACAAAGUCUGAAAUUUUGAGGCGUGAAGCAUGGAUUGGUUAGGGAGUAAAUGGGCUGAACUUUGCCUCUACUGUUCUUGUAGUUAAAAGCAUUGAAAUGUCACAAGUUUGUCAUAAAUAAAAUGAAUAUUACUCUCUCCUACAAUCAACAUGAGUUUGUUGGAGAUAUCAAAUCGGAUUUGCUGCAUGUCUGUCUUUUCAGGAGUUUCUCCAUGGUGGUAACAUGACGGAAGCAGGACCCAUAGGCCUAAUUGAUGAUACAAGUGAUAAUGAUCUAACCCCAACUCUUCCGGGUGUUUUGAAAGGUAACUUUUCUAAAUGCGUAAGACCAGUAGUAGUUCAUGCCACGACCAUCAUCUCCAUGUGGGUUUCAGGCAAUUUGUUUUUCGUUAUCCAUACUGAUGAUGUACAUGACUAAUAAGGAACACGAGGUCCUUUGAUUUCUUGGGAUAUCAAAUUCAGAUGUCAAUGCAGUUUAAACAUAAGUUAGCGCGGAAUCAGAGGAAGGAAUAGAAACCAUACGCGGAUUUUACGAGGCCUUUUACAAGGGAGAAACCUCUAUGUCAAAAACAAGCUUCGAAGAGAACAUCAGACACUCCAAGUUGCUAUCCCUAUGACCUAGUUGAAAGAAUCCUCACAGAGGUUGAUUUCACUAAGAGGAAAACAACACUUCAGGAGAAAAACAAAGCGCGACUAACCACAUUUCAUUUUGUUGCACAAUUUAACCCACCCACCAACACACUUAUCUACACACUACGUAUAAUCUGUGUUGUUUGAAUGCAAAAAUAUGGUAUUGUAAACGCUAUUUCAAGGACAUAGCUUCCUAAUACAUACCUGAAACGAUGGUAAAUAAUUGUGACUUUUCUUUUCUAAUUAAUGUUCUGCUGGAGUAACGCCUCAGCAGUUAGGCCUCGGAAUUUACAUCAAGAACUUGGUGUUUCACGCUACAUACUUGUUGAAGAGUUUUCAAUAAAGUUUCUGUCUUAUUUUCAGGUGAUAUGAGCUCUCGCAGGUUUCAGCCAGAGGUCAGAGUGAACUCACUGCAGUUUUCACCCACAGGUACUGUACCUGCACAUGUUGUUUUUUUGGUAUGCCUUUUACGUAGGAAUCGUGUUUGUAAUCUGAUUUGCAUAACCUGUCAGCGAGAAUUUAAGUCAUUGUGCAGAGUUAACAUGACUGCAUGUUGAUCAGUAUUUAUUUUAGAGUUACAUUCCGUAGACUAAAAAGCAGAGCUGAAUGGUACCAAAUACUCAACUCCAAAAUGUAAACCUACUAAUGUGGCAGAAAAAAGACACUGUUAGAUACCAUGUCGAACAUUGUCAGCAAGAAUAAUACCAAAGGCAUGCAUCGAGCAGUAACAAAAUUGCUUUGUGUGAGCCUGGACAGGGCAAUCACUGUGGGAUGCAGGGGAAGAAAAGUAACGUAGUUACCUUAUCAGUCAGCCUUUUGAAAUAAACAAAUGAUUAUAAAAAUCACAUCAAUAUGACCACCAUUGUGACGAUGUGAUAUGAAUAGGAUGAUCAUAUUAACGAGUUUUAAUUAUAUUUAGGUAAUGCUUUGAAGAAAAAUCCAAACCUUGACAUCUAUAAACUUGACAAAAUUUUGUUUCACUUGAACAGCAAGUGGCCAAAAAAUAUUUGUGGUCUGUCAGCAACACAAAUGGGUUGAAAACACCCUUUUUAUUUCUACCAAAUUACCAAACUGUAGUCUCCAUUCUUGCUGUACCACAAACUUAACUUUGCUCUCUCACAACGUCACUUCACACCUUUUUUCCCAAAUGCACCUGUUUUACGGCCCAACUUAUCAUAACCGUUGAUUUGUUUAUCAAGACUUACUGAAUUUUAUGCUUCCACCAUAUUUUCUCUGUUUGCAAUGUAGGCCAGUCGUGGGCUGCAGCUAGUUCUGAAGGGCUAGUGGUAUAUUCUCUAGAAUCUCAUGAUGUGUUUGAUCCAUUUCAACUCGAAUGCAAUGUCACCUCCGAGAGGAUCUGUCAAGCUAGUAGUAACAAAGAACAUACAAAGGCCUUAAUAUUGAGCCUGAGACUGAAUGAACCAGAACUCAUUUGUCAAGUUAUGGAGGCAGUUGAACCUUGUGACAGUAAGUUUUAAUGAUUUCAGUAUGGUGUCAUUCUUAUCCCCCAUAAGGUUGAUGAAAAAAGGAUAACUAGAUAGCAUUGAUUAGAAAUUCUCAAGACAAGAAAGUUUGUUAAGAUUUACUUUGUGGUUUCUUAAAGUUAGUUGCACCCUGUGAGUUCUUUAGUAUUACUAGUAGGUACGUGUUGAUGACAACUUUGUUUAUUUUAAUAAAAUAUGUGCUUAUUGUUCAUCGUGGUGUAAGAUAGGAGAUGAACUUUGUUCGUUUGUCUCACGAUAGGGUCACUUAUGAUGUAGAUCGCGACGUUUCAACCGCAAUACAGCUAGUCUUCAUCAGGCUGUAUUGCAGUCGAAACGUCGCGAUCUACAUCAUAAGUGACUAUCGUGAGACAAACGAACAAAAUUCAUCUCCUAACUUCGUUUAUCUUUGUUCAACAUAUAGUUCCACUGGUAACACAUUCCCUAAAGGAGCCCUUUAUCGAACGACUGAUGCAGUUUAUUGUUUUGCAAUUGGAGGAGUCGCGCCACCUUCACUUCUAUCUUUUAUGGUGUCAUUAUAUGUUAACUGUACACGGGCAACAACUGAAAUCACAGACUAGUGGACAAUCUGUUUUGUUGCGCAGCCUACAAAAGAGUCUCGUGAGACAACAACAAGACCUUAACAGGAUGUAAGUAUCUUAAGCUCUCCUACUUAACAACUUUGACUAAUUCUGUUGUUUUGCCUAGUCCCGAGAAUUGCAAAGGCUUUUCUUUUCUUUAUUCACAUACUUAUGAUUUAACCGUGAUGCUUGCUCUAUCACUUUGUAGUUUUAGGAAAAAUUACAAUUUGUUCACAUUCGUUGUUCAUAACAUUUUUAGCGUACUGAAUCGCUUUGAUAGUUGGGAUAUAGAGACAGUCGUAAUCUUCUGUUGUUCUUUUAUUCUUUUUUUUAACACUUAGUUGGGGUUUUAAGACCAGUUUAACAAGAGUAUCAUCGAUAGCAACCAACCCUUUAUUAGGCCAACCUCUGGGCUGCCUCCUGGUCCUACCAUUGACGUAGAAUUAACGUUAAAAUUUAACAUUAAGCACAAAAAACGCAUUUUCAAUCAUAAUUGAAUUUUAAAUUUAUAGCGUUUUUUUUACCUUGUCCGGUGAAUAGAAAUGCAAAACAAAGGAAAAAAAAGAAAAGACUCUUUGAAAGAAAAUGCGAAGAAAAUGCGAAGUUCCAGUCCAGUCUUUGCAAAGUUUUUGUGCAUGUGUGUGUCUUCCAUUACUUCACAUAUUUUACUCUUAAGUCUCUACUCAUUUAUAAAAUGUUUCGAUGAGAUGUCUCAUAGAGAUGUCCGAUUUUCUCUUGCAGAUCAUCCAGUAACACUUACGCCCUCAGCUACAUAAAAGCCUUUGGCGACAUGCUAAAGUCUGAUAAUACCAUUGAUCGAACCCUGGAAGUACCUUUGAUCCUUGUGGGUAAUGAAGAGAAGAGACUGAACGAGAAUGAUCUUCAUCAAUCCUUCAAACACAAACCAUCUUAAAAUAAUAAAAAGCACACACCUUAAUUGCCUUUUUUUUGUUUGUUUUUUUUGUUAUUGUUCAUUUUUUGUUUUCCUCGUUUGUUUGUGUUUUUUUGUUGUUGUUGUUCUUGUGUGUGUCGGCGAUGCUGAACAAUAGAGCAUCAGAUAAUGUAUUUUAUUUGCUUUGAUUUCAUUCAUCGGUUGGUUUUUCCAAAACUUUUUAAGUUAGAAGUACUACCUUUGGAUAACGGCUCGGAGUCUUACCUCAAGAGACUAUCGGUUACCUUACGAAGGUCACUUAAACUCUGAUUUUUUAACCUUAGAUUGAAUACCAGCAACCAGAGAAAUUCGUUCAGUGUUAUCGACCUUGAUUCUCAUGUUCUUAGAUUCGUGUACUCAUUUCUAGGAAGUAUUAAAGGAAUCUCUCAAUUGAUGUAAACUCUAUAGGGUCCAAUAGUACCAGCCGGCUUCCAUGUGGAAUAUUUUCCUCUCAAUAACCAUUCUUUGAAACCAGUACUGAUCUUUUCGUUAUCGAUCGAAAGCUGUCCACCAAUAAAUGCUGCGACGUCACUCUUAUAUCGCUUUGGCGAUAUCGCGCU